UAAAAGCAUAUUGUAGACGUAGACAGACCAUCCAUUCAACCGCGGAAUCGCUCCGCAAGCACCCGACCCGGCCCGCCAUCGACAUCUCGCCAUCUGUAUGUAUCCCCAUCGCGUUAAACACGAUCAAUGCUGCAAGCAACCGGUCGGAAUCCUGGCAUCAACUGAAUUAGCAAGCCAAUUUAUCUCGUAUCUAUACCGCGGGAAACACCAGACACUCUCCCACAAUGUCCCACAAUCAACCAUCCAACCCCACCACAACCUCAAACCCCUCUACCCAGGAUACCAAUAGCAACAACAACAACAACACCAAUUCCCAAAAUCCCUACGACUAUGAAACCGGGCUCAACACGCGACGAGCCGUCCUCGGCCCCGCCCAUGUAAACCGCUCCGUCCAAAACAGCAACGCCUUCACAGCACCCAUGCAAGAAAUGAUCACCGAAUGGGCCUGGGGCCACGUCUGGAACCGGCCGGGGCUAGACAGGAAGCAGCGGUCGCUCAUGAACAUCGGGAUGCUGAUUGCGCUUGAUCGUCAGCCUGAGUUGGCGAUGCAUGUUCGCGGCGCGGUGAGGAAUGGAUUGUCCGAGUUGGAGAUUCGCGAGGCUGUUAUCCAUGCGACGGUUUAUUGUGGUGCGCCGGCGGGUAUGGAGGCGAUGAGGACUGUUGAUGGUAUCUUGGGGGAGAUGGAAAGGGCAGGGGAGAUUAAGAGGGAGUUGGUUUGAUCUGUCUGUUGAUUGUGUUUUGGUAUGGGUUCGGUUCGAUAUCGUUCGUUGUCUAUGUUGCAAAAGUAAGCAGAUUAGGGAAAUACAAAAGAAUGGAAUAAUUCCAAGGUAUGGGGAAUUAAUGCGGUAGAUUGCAUAG